CGAGCCGAUUCAAAGCCCCAGAAAUCCAUUACUGCCUUGUUUAUUGUGCUUCUCGACUGGUCCGGUUACAACAGCCUCCUUUACAUGUAGUCAACCAUGUCGCUGUUUGACCAAGUCCCAGCUGUGCCACCGGAUGGCACUUUUGCUUUGGUGGAAGCCUACCGAGCUGACGAUCACCAUCUCAAAGUGAACCUCACCCCCGGCAUCUACCGCGACGAGAAUGCAAAACCAUGGGUUCUGCCUUCGGUGAAACAAGCGAGAGCAGCCCUCCUGGCAGACCAGUCCCUCAACCAUGACAUCUUGCCCCAGCUCGGCCACACCCAGUUUCUCUCGGCAGCGCGGCAGCUCGCGUUCAAAGACACGCUAGACGGUCGGUUCGUCACGUCCAUACAAACCAUCUCGGGCACGGGCGCCAACCACUUCAUCGCAAGUCUGCUCGCGAGCCACCUCCACCCCAAGGCCGUAUGGAUUCCCGAUCCGACCUGGGACAACCACCAAGGAAUCUGGAGACAUGUCGACCCCGGUAUCGAGCGGCGCACCUACCCUUACUAUGACGAGAACACAUUUGGGAUCGACGGCGAUGCGCUGCUCUCCACGCUAAGAGAACAGGCAAACCCCGGGGACGCCAUAAUCCUGCAUGCGUGCGCGCAUAACCCGACGGGCGUGGAUCCGUCGCCGGAGCUCUGGGAGGGGAUUGCGCAAGUGUGCGAGGAAAAGGGGCUAUUUCCCAUCUUUGAUCUCGCCUACCAGGGCUUCGCAACCGGCGACGUCGACAACGACGCCUGGGCGGUCCGACACUUCACCACCCGCUCCUCCGGCAAUAACAACAACAACAACACGCCCCUCGAAUUCGCCGUCGCCCAAUCCUUCUCCAAAAGCUUCGGCCUCUACAGCGAGCGGGUCGGCGCCCUGCACGUCGUGGCGCGCACGCGGGACGGCGCGGCCAAGGUCGACGGCGUGCUGAAACGCAUCUCGCGCGCCGAGAUCACGUCGAUGCCCGCGUUCGGGGCGCGCAUCGUCGCCGCCGUGCUGCACGAUCCCGUCCUGGAGGCGCAGUGGCGGCAAGACCUAAAGACGAUGAGCGGGCGGCUGGCGAGUAUGAGGAAGAGGCUGUACGAGGAGUUGGUGAGGAGGGGGACGCCGGGGAGGUGGGGACAUGUGCUGACUGAUAUCGGCAUGUUCUCCAUGACAGGCCUGUCGCCCGAGAAAGUCGCCGCCAUCAAGGAUCGGUUCCACGUCUAUCUACUUCCCAACGGUCGGCUUUCCUUCACCGGUUUGACGGAGGGAAAUGUUGAGUAUGUUGCGGAGUCCAUCUACCAAAUUGUUGUUCAUCAGUAAAUGGUGGAAUCUUGGUUGGUCUACGGAGUCGGGGGCUGGUGCCUGGGCAAACUAGAGUCAAAUUAUGAAAGUUCAGUUGUCGUGAAUACCUAUCGACGUAUACUGCUCUUGUGUAGGCACUGGCAAUGAGGGCGUCGUUGCCCGGUUGGAGGUUAUCCAUUUCUGAGUCGUACUGACAUCCCGUGCCCU